AUGGAAGGCGGGCCGCCCUCGCUGUGGGCUACGCUGGUGGCCACCUGGAGCGCGACCCUGGGCGCUUGCUGGACCUGGGGCUCGUCAGCCCCCGCGGCGCCCGCCUGGCCGCCGCCUCCGCCGCCUGGCUGCGGCGUCGAGGAGGUCUGCCACUGCUCCUGCGACGCGGAGCUGCGGCGGAUCAUCGACCUCCAGGCGGAGGUCUGGGCGCUGCGGUGCCUGCUGGUGGCUGGGCUGCUGCUGCUCAGCCUCACUGCCUCCAGCGCGGGCGCGCUGGGCUUCCUGGCCGGGAUUUGCCGGCGCUGCCGCUGCGGCUCGCGCGAGAGGGCGCCGCCCGGGGCCGUCGUCAUGGCUGACGUCCUCACGCUGGAUGUGGCGGACCCGCAGAUCUUGAUGCGGUACGAGAACGACCCGCACGGGUUCUACUGGCACCACCGCGUGCUGCUGUUCCGGGUGAGCGAGGACAUUUGGAUCUGCCUCACCCCGGAUCACGAUCUGGUCCGCGUCAAGCUGCUUGACGUGCGGCACGAGGUGCUCGAGCGGAGGGCGCCCUUCCCGGCGCACUUGGCGAAUCAGGUUUACGCUCACGACCCGAUCGCCGGGGCCGCGCUCUCUGCCUUCCGCCGACGCGCGAAGCUGCAGGGGCAGCUGCUCGGCGUGGGCCAGGUGGACGCCAUCGAGCGGAUGAUCGCCGGGGCCGCGCUCUCUGCCUUCCGCCGACGCGCGAAGCUGCAGGGGCAGCUGCUCGGCGUGGGCCAGGUGGACGCCAUCGAGCGGAUGAUCUGGGUGGUCGCCGAGCCGCGGUCCGAGCGCUUCGGCGAGAUCGUGGACAGCGCCAUCAUGGAUGAUGACAACCGCGGGAUGGGCUUCGACCAGAAGGGCGUGGCCGUCCUUGACGGCGAGGAGGUCUUCGUGCAGAAGAUCGCGGCGAGCAGCCUGAACGACUUCAAGAGGGAGGCGAAGGCGGACUUCGGCGACGUGCGCACUCUGGGCGACCACCACGACGAGGCCGGCAUGAGGAGCCUGCGAUUGUCGGAGGCGGUGGCGCUGAUGCGGGACACGGACCAGCCGAACUUCCCGCUGGCAGGCGUCAAGAGCGUCAAGGAGUUCCUGGACAGUGUCGCGGCGGGCCCUGGUAACAUGACAUCGUACCAGGCCGAGUGGGAGCGACUCAGCGGAGUUGGCGAGGGGUCAGCGGUCAACCACGUACAUCGGAACUUGUGUGAAGUGAUUCGGCUCAUGCACUCGUGGGACCAGGUGGAUCUCUCUAUGCUAGCAUCCGCCGAGCUGCUGGUCCGCUGGAUGAUCCAGACGGAGAUCGCCGUAGAGCGCAACCCGCGCCCUCCCGACUACAGUGGAUUGGACAUCGUGAUCUCCGCGCCCGUGAACGCCGCGGGGCGUGCUUCAACGUCGAGGUUCAAAACGUGGGUCACGGACAGACUCAAGGAGCGUGCGACGAUCUGGAAGCAGGAGCGGCUCUACCGCGAGGAGCAGAAGCAGGUGCGCAAGGGCGACGGCAAGGGCGGCGACAGCUCCGACCCCGCCAACCCGAAGAGGCGCCCGAAGAAGCCGAAGGGAGGAGGCAUCCGGUCACGCGAUCGUCGGCAUGGAGAUCCUUUCCCGCUGCCCUGCGAUCCUGGUGGCCUCGGCGAUGCAUGCGAUGCCGCGCGGCUUCAGCAAGUUUUUGACUCGGUUCGGGCCCUGAACCAGCUUGCUGCCGCCAACCUGAAUUCACGUCGUGCUCAGGGGCAUGACCUACCACCUGAGGGCCACCUCCGGCCCACCGCUGUGCAGCGAUGGAUGCUCCAGAACGUUGCACGGCGGGUUGAGGCAUAUGGGGCUCGCCCGACUGACCUUACAGAGGAAUCAUCCUUGUCGGAGAUCCUCGACUCACGAGACCACUACGGCAUGGAGCCCAAGAACUUGGCCAGCUUCGACUUCGACAAGGUCAAGAUCCUGCACAGGAGGGUCCACGUUCGACCUAUUCGGCGCGAGCUCCCUCCCGCAGCGCUUGGCUACAUCAGGCACGCGUCCGAUCUGAUCGAGAGGGGCGAAGCGGGGCUUGAGAAGGACCGAGCUGAAGGAGUGGGUUUCUCGCCUUACUGGGACCCCCGUCUUCGGCGCUCGCGAGACCUCCGGAAGCAGUUGUAUCAGCGCUUGAGCCAGCAGGGCCUGCUGACCUGGCGCCGGCGGCUGAAGGGGCGCGCGGGCAUCUUCGCGGUCAAGAAAAAGGAUGGGCUUCAGAGACUGAUCAUCGACGCCCGAGCGGCGAACAGAGCGCAUCGGCUACCGCCCACCACGCGACUUGGCUCUUCGAGGUGCAUGGCCGACCUGGACUUCUCCGACCCUCGCCUGAAGGCUUCGGGCUUCGGUGGAGUGGGCUCCGGGACAGCCGCCAGUCCUGCCGGGCUGGAGGGCGACGUCGGGGACUGCUUUUACAAUUUCACGAUCCCCGAGCUCGCUUCCUGGUUUGGCUUCGAGGGCCGCUUCGACACGAACGAGCUGGCGAGCAUGGGCUGCCGACCGGCCACGAUCUGGGACGACGCCGAGGGGGCCGAGACCCAGGUCGGGGACGGGGAGUUGCUCUACCCCUGCAUGGCCGCCGUGUGCAUGGGCUGGUCUUGGGCGUUGUACUUCGCCAACGAGGCCGUCACCUACCGGGUGGAGAAGACGCUCGAGGACGGCGCCGACCAGAUCAUGCGCGAGAUGCAGCCCGCACCAGUUUUGAAGCCUGGCAAGUGCGUGACAGGCGUGUACGUGGACAACGUACAGGUGAUCGGAGGCUGCGGGGCCGACGCAGUGAAACAGAUGACAGAGAUUGAGAAGAGCUUCAAGGAAGACAACAUACCCUUUGACGUCGAGCCAGGGGGCGGUUUUGAGAUGCAGACGCUUGGCUUGGUUUACCAUUGGCGAGAACGGCGACUACGUCACGUCGCCCGGCGUGUCUGGCGGACAUACUUGGCCGGCCAUGCCCUUCUACGACGUCGUAAGCUACACGGACAUGCUCUGCAGUGCUGGCUCGGCCACGUGGUCAACUUGAACCAGCUCUGCCCCGAGGCGAUGUCCGCCUUGAACGCGUGUUACCGCUUCAUUGAGGAGUCCUUGGAGGCGCCGAAGCGGGCGUGGCCGUCCGUGAAGUCGGAGAUUCGAUGCGCCAUGAAUCUCUUGUUCCUGAUGGAGGUCGACCUUGGCGCCAACUACUCCGACCAGGUCUACUGCGGGGACUCCUCGAGCCGCGGCUACGCGCUGCACGUAACCAAGGGUGAGCCCGAGGAGAUCCGCGAGGCCUGGAGGUGGCGCGAACGCUGGCGGUACCGGGACGUCCCGCUGCUGGAGGGCCAGGUGAGCGAGGGCCUCAACUACGUGCGGGGCGACGCCCCUGGGACGGCGGCAGGCCCGCAGACCGCCUUCGGCCAGGACCUCCGGAGCAGGGCCGAGGCGCGACCCAGGCCGGCGGCGCCAGCUGCGCCCGCCAAGGGGGCUCGCGUCAGGGUGGCGCUCGACUCGGGGAUCCCCGCUGUGGCUGACGGCUGGACUAAACGUCGGCGCUACCACCUGGUGGCUGCCGACCGCUGGCGCUGGCAGGACGAGCACAUCAACCUGAAGGAGGCGCGGGUGGCCCUGAUGGGGCUGCGACGGCACUGCCGCUCUGUCAGGUUGCUGGGCUCGAAGCUGCUCACGCUCAGCGACAGCCAGGUCACCGUGGGGGCCUUCGAGAAGGGCCGCUCUAGCGCGGGCCUGCAGGCACUGUGCCGGCGCGCGGCCGCCUACCGCCUGGGGGGCCAGAUCACGUGGCGGCUCCGCUACAUCGAGACGGAUCGGAACCCGAGCGACUUCGACUCGCGCCGGUGGGAUGCCAAGCGGCCCGCCUCGCAGGGCCCGACGCGGGAGCAGACGCCCGCGGCAGCUGCGGUGGCGCCGGUGGACGUCAAGGGGCCCAGCUCGCACCAGGGGGAGGCCAGGAAGCCUGGGCCGCCGAGCCCUGCCCCGGGGCGGCAGCAGCCUCUGGCGGCGCGGGACGCCCCCGCCGAGCUCGGCCGCCAGCGAGGCAACCACGUACGAGCUCGAGCUAGGGAACGCCUUGGAGUUGAGUUCGCGCUCUUUACGGCCACGUUGUGUCAGAUACUUUCACGUCGUGGGCGUUACUGGAGCGUGGAGAAUCCGAGGACCUCGAGGUUAUGGAACUUCGACCCCAUCGCUCGACUUCGUGGACUCGCGAAGGUCACAGAGGUUCACUUCGAUAUGAGCAUGUACGGCACAGCUUAUCGGAAACCGACUCGCCUACUCACGAAUGUGGAGGCCCUGAGGGCCUUGGGUGAUCGACCUCGCAUACCGCACAAGCACGCCAUCCGCAAUGGCCUCCUCCAGGCCGCGGGCCGUCAGCCAAAGGCUAGAGGACAGGCGCUUCGCUGUGAGGACGGCGCCCGCCCCGAGGUCUGCUGCCAGGCCGCCGACGCGUACCUCGGCGGGGGCCCCGUCAUCCAGUUCGUGGGGGCGAUUCGCGUCCCAAGGCGCGAGGCGCUGCUCAUGGCCACGGUCACGAACGCGACGCUCGAGCGGUACGCGGCCGCGGUGCAGGAGUUCGAGGUCUACGCGAAGACCAAGAAGCUCGACCUGCAGCCGCUGAGCCGCCUGGACGACAGCCUAGCUCAGUACUUCGUGGACCUGUACGACGACGGCUUCGGCGUUUGGGAGGGCCGCAACACCUUGUACGGCUACAGGCUGCUGCGGCUCAAGACGACGGGGAAGGUUGACCUCCCAAAGGCGCUGGCCUCGCUGAAGGGUUGGGUGAAGCGCUCACCAGGCCGGAUGCGCCUGCCGCUGCCCGACAUCAUCGUGGACGACAUCGCGAUGGACCUGGCGGAGCACGACCUGCCCCUGAUGGGCGCCGCGGUGGAGCUGCAGACGGACGCCUACCUGAGGCCCUCGGAGAUAGUCGAGCUCAGGCAGGGCCAGAUCCUGCCUCCCGCGCCAGCCGCGAAGCUCGGCGCGCACUAUGGCGUCGUGAUCGCGCCCUCGGAGCGGCACGAGGUCACGAAGACCGGGGGCCAGGACGACAGCCUGCUGGUCGGCGACGUGGCGCGCCCCUGGCUGACGAACGUGCUGCGCCUCCUCCAUCAGCCCAAGGCGCCGGACUCCCUCAGGCUCUUCGACUUCUCCCUGGCAGAGUACGAGCGCGAGGUGAAGAAGAGUGCCGACCGCCUGGGCUACUCGUCCCUCGGCGUGUGCCCCCACGUCUUCCGGCGCUCAGGUGCCUCGAACGACAAGGCGCGCAACAGGAGGACCCUCAAGGAGGUUCAGAAGCGCGGCCGAUGGGCAUCGUCCGCUUCGGUAGCCCGCUACGAGAAGGGCGCCCUCAUCCUCCAGCAGCUGCGGAAGAUCCCACAGCAGAAGCAGAGGAUGGCGGCGAGCAGAAGCAAGCGGCUGCCGCAGCUCCUCUUGGAUCACCCUCGUAAGCGCUGA